CCACAAACCCAUCCCUGUACACGCUGCGACGCGUGGAAUGUUCCUGCAAGUCUAACACUUCUACUACUACUAUUCUUCGUCUCAACUGUACUCACAAUGUACAAAGUACUACGGUCAUAUUCGAAGAAGGCCGAGCGUAAGCAAGAAGUCUCUCGAGCCGCUGACAGGAAUGGCCAUGUGUCCAGCGGUAACUAUUACGACGAAGGAGGACAUCAUUUCAAAGGCCAAAAUGGGCACGCUGCCAACGGACAACUACUUGCUGUAGAUAAUCGACAUCUAAGCAAUGCGUACGCUGGACAAGCUUUUUCCGAGAGCAGCUCGUACGAGACACGAGAGCAUUUUGAACGGAAGGUGCAACGUGUGAAGAAGACACGUGGAGAGCGUGAACGUUCACGAAGCUCUCGCAGAGGCGAAGAGGUUUCCGAGGCUCUGCAUGCUAGCGAUGCUUCAUCAGCUCGUGACGCUCUGCUGCAAUGGGCCCGAAAGGUCACCAGCGGUUACCCUCGUGUGAAUGUGACCAACUUUUCGUCGUCCUGGAAGGAUGGUCUUGCGUUCAAUGCCAUUCUACAUCGAUACAGACCGAAUCUCAUCGAUUGGAACAAGGUUAGCGACAGUUCGGUGUCAAAUCGCGAGCGGUUGGAAAACGCCUUCGCAGCGGCAGAGAGGGAAUUCGGUGUCGAUCGUUUGCUUGAUGCACAAGACGUGGACACCGAUCACCCUGAUGAAAAGUCCAUCAUCACCUACGUUUCGUCAUUGUACAACGCCCUGCCACACCUUCCUGAACUAUCCAAGUUCAUCUCAAUGCAAGAACAGUACAUAGUGGAAGCACGUGCAUGGAUGGAAUUGGUGGAGAGAGCGACUCGGCUGAUAGAUGAUGAGACAGACAGAUUCGCAGUGUCGCCGACAGAAUCUCUCAUGAAAUUUGAGAAAUAUCGCGAUGAAUGUAUGGCGGAUCGUGCUAGGGAAUAUAAUCGUCUGAUGGAAGAGCAUGAAAUUCUUCGACGGCAUUUGUCGGGCACAGAUCACUUUUGUGUUCCACGAAAUCUCACAGGGCAUGCACUAACAGAAGCUUGGUCAAAUCUCACAUACCUGAAUGAUCACAAACUCACUUGCCUUCGACAAAAGAUCAUUCAGAGUAAUUUGGCUGACUUGAUUAGCAGAUUGUCUCGUGGAAUUGGAAUCACAAACGAGAAACUCGAUCUGAUUCUUACUCGAGUUGUAUGUAAUUCUUUACAGGCAGAAGUUUCUGCAGAGGACACUUAUGAAUAUUGCGAGCUUCUUCGCGUUUUGGAAUCCGAAUAUCAGCAGUUGAGAGAUUUGUCCGCGGGAAGGAUGCUCGAUUUGGUACGUUUAAGGAUUCUCUUGAUCGCCUUUGUGCGAGCUGCUCAAAUGGAGCUUGUCUGGGUAUCGGAACGUGAGGAGAUCGAGGUCACUCGCAACUGGUCAGACGUGAAGCAGCUGGACCUCCCGAUGCUGACCAACUAUUACAAACAGCUACUUCAUGAAAUGGAACUGCGCGAGAAGCAGUACAAUGAUGUGCACAAUCAAGGAGCAGCUUUGUUGAAUCAAGGCCAUCCUGCAGUACACGUUAUCGAAGUCUAUCUUCGGACUAUGCAGAAUCAGUGGGAUUGGUUGUUGGCGCUGAGCAAAUGCUUGGAAGAACAUCUUCGUGAUGCACUCAAUCUGAAAUCAUUCACUGAGAAGCGGCCGAUGCAGAGGCGUGGAUGGAAGAGCAAGCAGUACGACUGGAAAAUAACUACAACCGUACCGAUUUCGAUCUCGAAGAAAGGAGAACGUCUUCUGCGAGAGCUGGAUGAAAUGAAGGAGAUUCUCAACAAGUAUCAUUCGGUGCUGAUGGCACUGACGGAACGUUGCGCGACGAUUUCCCCGCUAUGGCAGAGAGGAGAGCGCAUCAGUCGCCCGAUAACUGUCACGGCGCUAUGUGAUUACUCGGACAAAACUGUUCACAUCAAAGCUGGUGCGUUCGUUCGGGGAUGGGAUCUCGACACUUUCAAUGCCAUAGAUCCUGAACAACGAGAUGCAAUUAUGCGUGCUCUGAAUGACGACGCGAACAAAUUGCUGGCUGAGAUGGAUCCGAACGAUCCGCUUGCCUUACGAUUGAAGGAGGAGCUCAGACGCACUAAUGAGCACUUUUGGGAUCUGUUGAAUGCGAGUCAGAAACCACCAGAGCCCGAUCACGCACAUCUUUUUGAUGGACAAAUCGGAGAACUCCUGCGAAAGUUGGAAGAUGCUUGGAGAAAACUUAAUGAUAACGCAGGAAAGCCUAUAUCGCGAUCCCCAGCAGAGCUUGAAACCGUCAUCAUGAACCACAAGUCUUUCGAAGAUGCCCUGCAGGUCUUGGAAUCCGUCCUGAAUGGCAUCCUUGAAGUGUCCGACAUUGUCAAGGCGCACGAGAUCACCCUGAAUUCCUUCGAUGACCUUCCCGCCGCCCUCGAUAAACUUCGUGGACACCAUUCACAACUGCUUGAAAUGAACAUGGUCCUUCAACAGCAACAGACCGUGAUUGAUUCUUUGAACAAAAACGUGGCUCUUCUACGGCAACACGUUGCACGCACACGAAUUGGUCAAAGCAGUCAUCCUGAUGUCGACAGACUUGAGGACGAAGUGCAACAGUUGAAUGUGCGAUGGGAAAACGUCUGCACUCAGGUGGCAGAGCGUCUGAAGGCUGCGGAACGAGCCCUGCAGACGCAGAUGGUCUACAGGAGUGAAUACGAAAACGAGAUGGCAUGGCUAGAUCGUGUCGAAGAAACGAUCAACAAGUUACGGAAACCAGAGGAGCUGCGUCCAGAGCAGUACCAGCAGCAGCUAGACCUACUGGUCGCCGAGUAUGCCCAGUUGCAAGAACGAACUGAAGCUAUCGAGAACGUGAAUAGAGAAGGUGGCAAAUUCAUACGCGAAGCGAAGGGCUACGAUAGCCGUAUGGGACAAUUCCAUGACAGUAUUGUUGGAAUUCACGGUCCGGCUGUCAAGCAGGAAUUCCGUCGAACAAAGCCUCAACCAAAGAAUGGUGCCCAGAUUGUUACCGAAGAAUUGGAAGCACUGAACAGACGAUUUGCUCAAUUGAGCAGUCUCAUUCUUGAACGCCGUAACACGAUGCAGGUGUUGAUCCAGAACUGGAAACGCCAGAAACAGGAGGAGGACAGGCGUAGACGCCAACGUGAAAAAGACGAUGAAGAUCGACGCCGUCGAGAGGAAGAGGAACGACGAAGGCGCGAAGAGGAAGAGAAGCGACGUAAACAGAUGCCUCCUCUCAACAUUGUGCAAGGUAGCCAGAUCCAUGAAGUGGUCGGCCAAGAGAAUCCAGACGAGUUUGAAGUGAUUGGAGAUCUGCCGGGAGUGGCGAAAAUCACAGAACAUGAGGAUGAGAUGCAAAUGUAUCAAGAGGAAACGGUAACAAAAACUCAAUUCUACGAAAUGGAGGGAACGUUGCACAAGCAGACCGGUGAGAUCCUCACUUUCGUCGAAGCCGUUAGGCAAGGACUUCUUGAUCUUAGCGCUGGCGGAGGACAAUUCUUCGACAUCCAUUCUGGUCGUAUUAGCCUUGAAAAAGCUGUAGAAUUGGGUUACAUUGACGGCGCAUUCAACGACGUGCUUAAUACUCGAUACGGUCUGUACGACCCUCAAACUAGACAUCUGUACGACAUUCACACUGGCGAAAUGCUUGAGUUGUACGACUGGGUAGCUCAUAAGAUUGUCACGAUGGAUACCCAGAGAAGGCUUGUGAAAAUGGGAAUCCUCAAGCUUCCUCCGAUGGCUCUGCACAGUGCCAUCGAUCAGGGUGUUCUCAACACUGUUUCUGGCCACUUCGUCGGAAAAUACUCUCACGAAUCCAUGCCCAUCAGAGAUGCUCUAUAUCACGGUUAUCUACAGCUGGUGUCAGCUCAACAGAUCCCAAUGAUUGCCAUCACUCUGAGUGAUGCUAUCAAGCAGGGUUUCAUCAACGCCAAUAACGGCGAGUUUGUUGACAAGAACACCAAAGACACAUUCACAUUGAGAGAAGCUUGCUCGAAGCAAUUCGGCCUUCUCAAUCUCUAUGUGCCCGAAAUUGUGAAUACCGCUGAAAAUACUCGUUUGAAUCUCAAGGAUGCCAUGCUUCGCAAUGCCAUCAAUACUCGCAACGGGAACUUCACUGAUUUGCAGAACGCGACGUACGUUGUCUCUCCGAGAGGCGUACCAGGAGGAUCUGAUCUCGAAGCCGUAUUCACUUACGGAAAUCACAGACAUACUAUCCUUGAAGCCAUUGCUGCUGGCCUUCUAGACGCCGAAGUGCGUCACAUUGUUGAUCCUGACGAGAAGGAUGUGAUUUCCAUAGCAGAAGCAAUGGAGAGAGGAAUACUGAGCGCCGAUGGAAAAAUUAUUCUCGAAAAACAACAAAAAGAGUUCACAAUUCCCGAAGCCAACACACGCACUGGUCAGACGAUGAGCUUUAACGAGGCUUGUGAGGCAGGUGCCAUCAUACCCAAUGCUGAGCGUGUCGUCGACCUUGCAACUCAGGACAGCUACCUUAUAUCUGACCAAAAAGCAACAUCGAUAAUUGAUCAGACCCUGCAUGAGCUUCUCGUAAAGCCACUUGGAAUCCGAGGUGAUCGUGGUGAUUACGACUUGAAUCUUGUACGAGCUGUAUCGAAAGGAAUUGUUGACCAUACAAAGGCUGUCUUCUUCAACAAGAGCACAAAGCACGAAAUGACUCCUCGUGAGGCAUAUGACGCUGGUCUCAUCAGCCUACGAGGAGCUAUCCAGGCUGCAGCCCUCUUUGAUGUCUCCCCAUCACUUAUUGCUCCAGUGAAGAAAGUCGAACACAAAAAGCGGGUGAGUCGCCCUGGACAGCCCGGCCUCAUUGAUCCAUCGAGCGAAUGGAUUGUCCCGUCCAAAAGUAACGGCGUUGGUCCCACCAUCGAGGAAAAAACUACCGAAAGUGUCACCGAGACUGGACAGCAAUUGGCACCCAAGUUUUAUCCCGACAAGAAUAUUGAAGAGUCGGUGACUACUGUCAAGCGUGUCCGUACCACGGAAACUACUGCACUCGGAGGACCUGGCGGAGUGUCGGUGUACAGAGCUAUUACUGGCGGCAAAGGUGCAAUGGAAGUACCCGGAAACGGAUACCACAUCUACGAAGCGGAGCGCAAAGGAAUCAUAGAUCUCACUACGGGUAACAUUUCUUCGCCCAAUGUGGAUCGUGCUAUUUCUUUUGCUGAUGGCAUCGAAUUGGGCAUUAUUGAUCCGUCUUCGAUCUCUGUGAAAGACCCGAAAUCCGGUCGUAUGUUGAACGUCAAAGAAGCGCUCGAGAAGAAGAUCAUUGAAGCUGACGGAUCUGUAUCAUACCAAGGCAGAACCUUGAACAUUGAAAAAGCAGUUGAAGCUGGUGUCAUUGUCAUCGAUGCUGAGGCGGUCGUACCUGCAAGUGGUGUUUCGAAGAACAUAAUUCACAUACCGUCUGGUGGAGGACCUGUGAUCAGUUUCCGUCCCGUUGGAACUCCUGUUGUAGAGGAAUCUGAACAAUCGUGGUCUUUCGACUCAACAAAGGGCGUUCUUAUCGACCAUAUGUCAGGAGAACGACUACCCCUCGAACGAGCCCUCUUGGCUGGAAAAAUCCAACCCGAGGAUCUUGCUGUUAGAGAUGCUCUCACUGGCCGUGAAAUGUCGUUCACUGAAGCCGAAAAGUGGGGUAUCAUCGACAAAAGAGGUUACUAUCUUGACAAAAUCGAUAACAAGCGUCUGUCAUUCACCGAAGCUGCACAACAACAUCGGAUUUAUCCUACGGGAGGUGUUCUCGACAACGCUGUGGACAACACACUGGCCCGCGCACUCAGCCUGGGUUGGUACAAUGCCAAUGACGGAAUGUUCACACAUCCUGAUACUCAUCGUCAGAUGACUCUCAAGGAAGCCAUUAUCAAGGGAUUGUUCAACCCAUAUGAUACUUCCGUAGUGGACAAGAAGAACAACAAGAAGAUAUCUUUGUUGGAAGCAAUUCAAGAAGGCAUUGUUGACGACACAGCUGGAACCGUAUUGGACACCCAGACUCAAAAGAAACACGACUUGAACUCUGCUCUCCAAAUGGGUAUACUGGAGGGAAAGAGCUUCGGCGACUCCCUUGAAUCUGGACUGUUUUCUGGCCGUCUCGAUCUUGCCACUGGAAGUUACACACAACCCAGUGGUGCUUCAGUACCCCUUCACGAAGCACUCAAGAAGAAUUUGGUGGACCAAAGCUCUAUCGUUGUCCGAGAUCCUGCUAGUGGAACUGAAUACUCUUAUCAUGAGGCCGUUUCCCGUCGUAUUGUUGAUCCAGAGCGAGGGCUCAUCCACAACCAGCAGACGAAUGAAGCAACAAGCUUCCCUCAGGCCCUCACUACCGGAUUGAUUGCUGGAGCUGGCUCUACAUCCCGCCCAUCUCACACUGCUCACAAAAUCGUCGAACAAAAGCUGCAGCUGACACCUUUUGCACCUCAGCAAGUCGUACAACGCCGUAAUGGCGAUGAUCGCCACGAAUACGUAGAUCUUGGUGGAGGAAAGCAAGUUAUGGUAAAGGUGGUUCGAGGAGAAGGCGGCGUCGAAAAAGGAGAAUAUGUCGACCCCUCAACUGGAAUGAAAUUCACAAUCCAGAUGCACGGUGUCUGCAAUCCGACCAACAAUGAGAGAAUUCCCAUCAAGAGAGCGAUCGAGAUGGGUAUCAUAGAUGCACGAACUGGAGAAGUUCGUGAUCCCCACACUCGCAAACGCCUUACGUGGUUGGACAUAAUAAAAUCUGUGUACCAAGCCAUUACCAGUGAUGGAGUGUUUGAUCCUACCAAGGGUCAACGAGUCCCAGUGACACACGCCCUCAACGAAGGUCUGAUAGAUUCGAAGACCGGAAAGUACCACAAUCCUAUCACGGAAGAAUAUAUUGAAUUGAAAGACGCUGUAGAUCGUGGCCUCAUAGACAGUGGUACAUACGACGCUUUGACUAAGCCAUUCUUGGAGGACUACCGAACGAGGCAACUUUCCCGCCACAGUAUUGUUCCUAUCGCCAAAGCUGUGGAGGAUGGAAGAAUCCCCAGAGAAAUUGGAGAGAAACUUCGGCAAAUCGACAAACUGAACUUUGCUGAAGCUCUUGGAAAAGGACUCAUCGACGUGACCUCCAACAUCUUCACAGAUCAAGAUACUGGUCGCCAAAUGACGAUUGCCCAGGCCAUUGAGCAGGGAUACAUCGACACAGGCAACGUGGAAGCUAUGGAAGGAUCAGACGAGAAGAAUCUGAGCAACAUCAUCAAUUCGGAAGAAUUCGAUGAAAAUUCUGGUCGUAUCCGAGACAAGCGGACCAGUCUACACCUCACAUUCAAAGAUGCUGUUGAGCGUGAUGUAAUCGAUGGCGACUCCUUGCUUCAUGACUUGGAAAGCAACGUGGAAGCUAUGGAAGGAUCAGACGAGAAGAAUCUAAGCAAUAUCAUUAAUUCGGAAGAAUUCGAUGAAAACUCUGGUCGCAUCCGAGACAAGCGGACCAGUCUACACCUCACAUUCAAAGAUGCUGUUGAGCGUGAUGUAAUCGAUGGCGACUCCUUGCUUCAUGACUUGGAAAGUGGUCAAACGCUAACCUUAAGGGAGGCUCUUGUGCGACGAAAGAUUGAUAGUGAUGGCAAAUAUAUCGCUGGGAACCUGAAGAUGACGUUGAGAGAUGCAGUGAAAGGAGGUUACAAGUUCAAGAUCGAAAAUUAUGGCGGCGAUAGCCGAGGCAGCAGAACAAGCGUGCCUAAAUUCCGGGAAGAGACGAUAGUGCGUUUGACGCCCCAGAAAGCGGAGCCUUCCCUCACAGUAAGGAUGCGACACUCUCAGACGAAUAUUGGAGAUCGUGCACGAAGUCUCAUCGAUGACCCAUCGACUCUGGCGGAUUUGCAGCACGAAUUUCUAGCGAACCUGGAAGCGAACCGUUUCGACACCGAUGAGAAAAUUAUCACGAAUCCUUCUGGUGGUCAGAGGCUGUCCGUGCGGGAAGCUGCAGAGACCGGCCUUCUUGACGUCCUCACUGGUGAGAUAGUCGUGCCUGAUACGGGUCGCAGAUAUUCCAUCCCCAAGGCCGUUCACUUGAAUUACGUACAAGGCGAUGCUGCGAAACGUCUUGAUGGAGUCAUUGAAUAUGUCCAUCGAGGAACUAAAUCUUGCCCAGCAACAGAGAGUGUGGCACGAGAAGCGACGAUACGACAAAACGAGUUGUCGGACAUCAUUUCGGAAUUGGCUAGAUUCCAAGAAACCAUUUAUUCACAGCAUCUCAGUUUUGAUCUUUGUCCAGAAACAGCAGCAAACGCCCAUAAUGAUGUGCAGGUGUGUUCCGAAGUGUCAGCAAAAACCUGUUAUUUCUGGUGUUGGUUCCGUGUUGUUAUGCCAACAGUUGAUGUACAACACCCUGCAGUUAUGGCGCUUACGAGAAUAUCAAAGAAUGCACUGGAUAAUUGGCGAAGAGAAGUUAAAGAGAAAUUGGAGGCAGUUGACACGUUGUGCUUCGAAGAGGCCGAUUCAAUCUCUCCCGAACAACUUGCCCAUCUUCGCGAAAGGCGAAAUCAGUUGACCAUCGAUUAUGACAAUGUCGUUCGCGAAGUGGAAAAUCUUCAUGGAAGCCUCGCAAUCCUAUUAUUUCGGGUUGAUCCUUAUCUCAGCGACGCGCAUACUAUUGUUAUAAUUCCAAUCAGCGUAUGGUCCGCAGUGCAGUUCGCAUUUUGUUGUCGUGCAUCGAUUCCUGAACUUCAACUUUCUCAGCUGAACGUCUGCUCUCUGCUGAUUGAAUUCUCCUCAAGAGAACUUCUCUGGCAAUCGUGGAUGACCCAUCAGACUCGAGUUAUUGGGUCGAUUCGUGAGAGAUCUGCUGAACCGCUGCAUCUGAACGAGGCCCGUCAAGAUGCUAGACGUUUGCUGGAUGAGAUUACCCAGGAAGAAAGCCGUCUAAAGGCUAUUGGUGCUGUGUUGGCAAAGAUUGAGCAAGAGGUCGACGCUUUGUAUGACUCUGCGCCAGUAGCGAUCAAUCGUGGAAUUCACUCUACCGAAAUUCGCAACACUUUCAACAGGGUUGAUGACGAUUUCUCGGCUCUUCAAAAGCAGUGCUCCGAAUUGAUACAGUUUCAGAACAGAAUCGCAGGACUUGGAAGCGAACAUGCAGAGAAUUUGCGACGAGUUGACGACUGGUUUUCAAAAAUUGAAAAGGAUCUCGAUCAAGUUGAACGUGGAUCCGACGUGGACGUUGAGCAGAAACUUGUCAUGUUGGAAGGGCUCAAUCAACAGGUGGUUGAUGGGAACGUGCACAUUGAUCACGCUGAUCAGGCGUCUCGACGUCUCCUGAACGCACUCGAUGGUUUGAGCGCUCAUCCUGAUGCGUCUAGAAGACAUGAAGCGGAAUCUGAAGAUCGGCGAAAACGGCAUUCACAACUAGUGGAACGCUUGCAACAGGCGUUCAAUCAAGCAACCGCUCAAAAAGCGGCCAACGAAGGUGUACGAGAUGCUGUGCACGAUUUGUGUUCCUGGAUAGAUGACUUUGAAAACCGUUCAUGCACGAAUCGAGAUAUUCCUCUGAUUGAAGAGGAUCUCAAUCAACUGAAACGCGAGGAGCAGAUGUUAAGAAUGGACCUGGACAGCCGGCUGUCGCUCACCAACGAUCUCGAGAAUGAUCUCAAGAAGCUGGCUGGCGCUGGAUCACCAGGAUGGGUAGAGGAUACUGAACAGAAACUAAGAAACGCCGUUUCCCGUCUGCAGAAAAAUAGCACAGAACUUAGGGGAUUCCGUGACAAUGUGAAUGACGCCCUCGAAGGAGUUAUAGCUUUGGAGGCAUUCGGAAUAGCCCUGGACCGUUCCUGUGACGCAACUUCAGCAACUUUGCGGACGAUGAGCGCCCGAGAUGAUCAAGGGCUCAAUGAAAUCGCUUCCGAACUCGAAGCUCUAGACUCCCAGUUGACGGAUAUGAUGAGAACUGCUGAGACCAUUAAGAAAAUACCGAAUGUAACGGAAACCCAAUUGGUGGAUCGCGUGAUACGAAAUGCUGAUGAGAAAUUGCAUAAUCUGAACAAGGAAUUGAACUCUAAGUACUCGACACAGGAAGAAGUUGGUCGUUUAGAAAACGACUUUGAGGAUGCGAAACAGAGAAUGGCCGACUGGAUCAGUCAGUUCGAUGCCGAGCUGUUGGAGCUGAAACCUGUUUCGAUUGACCACGAAAAGCUCACUGAGCAACGAGGAGAUCAGCUUGCUCUACUUGACAAGCAUAAAGAAGGUUAG